AUGGAAGGCCCCUGUAAGGGACAGAUGAACCGGGGAGGAGCGUACCAAGUGAGGUUUUAUGACUCCUCCGAUGACGAACAGAAUGUGCGGGUUGCGGAGGUGAUGCCGGUGGUAGACGAUACCCCGUCAGUGACCGGGUCGUCCUCACCGGCAAAUCAUCGCCAACAGCAGCAACCUCCCUCAUGGAUAAGAAGAGCCGCCCACGGCGCUGUUACGUACCUCGCAUCAGCGCUGCUGCCUCACGCGCCUGCGCCGGCCAACGAGCAACUCACCAUCGCGAGGACUUCGCCCAGUUCUUCAAAUGGAAGCGGUGACUGGGGCUACAGGGACUAUUGUAGAUCACCAUUUCACGAGGAGACGCCACCACCCGAUGACUCCUUGGCUCCCUCCGAGGACAUUACCGUUGACCUGCGUGAAAUGAUUCUCCAGUAUAGGCGUACUCCAAACGAUAUAUGCAAGCGUAUCAUACUUGCAGCACUUGACUUUAGAGAGGUUCAAAUCAACGGUGAUGUGUUUCGCGCCGCUGCUGGAAGCAGUGAGCUCAUUGGAACCUUGCUACGCUCAGGACGUGUCAACGUUGAUGAUCCUGAUGUGCAAGAAGUCAUUCAGGAAGAGAUUGAUUGCGUGUUGCGUGCUGAUGAAGUGGACCGGGCUUGCAUGUAUUCAGACAAAAUCGAGUAUCUGACGCUGCUGUGCCGUGUGCGUAGCGCAACUCUCACAAAGGAGCAGGCGCGCCAAUGCCGCCAGUCUGGCUUUGAAUACGCCAAGAUGCUUUACGACAAUCCGCAUCUUUUACGAAAUAUUCCCCCACCUAGUUGGAUUGUGGCGCGUAUAUUAGAUUUAUGCUCUGCCCUAACCAUGAUCAUCACGUGGCUUGGUUUGGCUGCUACUUUGCUGAACCUUGUGUCCAUUGGUUGGCUCAUGUCCAUUUGGUUUUGCAGCACUCGUCCCUCGUUUGGUUACUGGACGGCACUUUGCUACGUGGCCGGGUACGUGGGCAGUAUCGUUGUGGUGAUGAUCUCUGAAGGGGGUCGUAUUCGUGACUAUAGUGACCUCCUCUGGGACUACCCAGACAAUUCGCUAAAAGUGGUUCCUUGCGUCCCUAUUUUUGAGAUCGCUCUCUUGUAUGUGACACUGCGGUACGAACUUUUGCAUGACAAGGCAAAAUACUUUGUCAUACGACAUGACUUGUACAAUGGUCUCUCCAAUGUUUUGAUUAUUAAUACGUAUUUAUUCGCCACACCGCAGUUGCUGUUGCAGUUUUAUCUGAUCACGUUGCAUGACCAAGGGGCGAAGCAGCUUGCCGCCUAUAAGCUCCUCGCUUCUGUAAACUACACAUUGUAUUUGAUGUCCAUGUUCCUGUUCAUGUGGAACACCUUGUUCCAGUACUCCUGCAACAGUUUUGGGUUUGCUGUGAUGGCGGUAAAACAGGCUCGGUUGAUGCCCAUUGCUAUCACCACCCGUAUCCUUAUUGUCACAACGCUAUUUUACCUGGAGUAUAACGUUGUCGCCUGUUUGAUGUCGCUUAGCUUCAUUUAUAUGUGUUCGUUGGGUGCAAUUAUUUUCAUUGCCGUUAUGGUGGCACUGAUCGUAUUAGUGAUUAUCGGGCUGGUGUUAGUCAUUCGGCUGGAGGCCACAAGACACCUUUGGGUCGUGUGUUUGCCUCCUAUUUUGAUGCAGGUGGCCUUUAGCAUAUACAUUGGUCUCGGGGAUGCUCGCAACGAUAGAAAUGCUUGUAAACUUGUGGCGAUUUCCGCUUUAAUUGCGCCACCGUUUGCGAACAUGGCGCUUGCUUUUUUUUGCAUUGCAUUUUUUUCCUGGGCGGCUGUUGCACUCUACGGUAAGUUAACGGGAAAGCAGUCGUACCUGCGCUGGGACAACCACUUCUACUGGUCGCGUGGACGAUGA